UGCUUGUUUAUACCCGAACUUGCUUCAUUUCAACCCAUCCAUCAUUUGAUUGCAACAUUGCUUGAAAAAAAAACACUCAGCCGAGUAUUCAAAUCGAUUCCGAUUUGCCUUUUUAACCUCUCAAGCUGCCGAAACUAGCUCGGAAUAACCUAUUGCAGAUAGCAUAUACGCUGCUUUGUGCGAUUACAGAACAGAUUCAACCUUAUUUGAAUUUAUCUCAUCGCUUGGUUCCCACUAUAUCUUCGGUAGCAAUCGGCACUCCGUGAUAGCUUAGACACCAACCCCCGAUAUCCCUCAAAUCCUAAGACACGCCAAAACGAUACCAGACACGCGACUGUCUCGAUUCUAGACACCCCGCCGCCGAAAUGGACGACAUCAAGCGAUACCCAACCCCUCGAGCCCUUCCGCUUGCGUCCUCGCGGAGGAGCCGCACUUUUGUCGCCUUGGCGGCCAUGGGCAUCGUUUCUUUCUUCUUCUUCGUCCACAUCCGUCCGCUCGCGGCGCUGCACACGACGCCCAGCGUGGCCACCCCGUGGCAGACGCAUCCGCGCCCGCAGCCCGGGGCUGCUGUCGGGAAGCAGCAGGCACCUCUGGUGCCGCUCGAGGCGCACAUCAUGAGCAAGUGCCCGGAUGCCAGGGACUGCCUCAGGGAUAUGGUGCUGCCUGUGAUGGAGCGCGUGCAUGACAAGGUCAACUUUACCUUGUCAUUCAUCGGAACUCCCGAUGCCGAUAGCGGAGUUGCGUGCAAGCAUGGUCCAGCUGAAUGCAUGGGAAACAUUAUCGAGCUAUGCGCCGCUGACCUGUACCCGGACCCCAAGACCUACCUUGGAUUCACCAUGUGCAUUUCGAUGAAAUUCCCAGAGAUACCUAAGCGGGAGCUCAUCGAGACGUGCGCACUUGAGCACGCCGUUGACUUUAAGGCUCUCAAUGAUUGUGCAGCCAAGGAUGACGGCGCAUACGGCGUUGAUAUGCUACGCCAUAGCGUCCAAAGGACAGCAAAGGCCGGCGUGAAGAUGAGCUGCACAGUCAGGCUGGACCAGGAGAUCUACUGCAUCAGGGACGGAGGAGAGUGGGUUGAUUGCCCUAAGGGACCGGGUGUCCAGGAGCUGGUUGCGGCUAUUGAGCAGAAGUACUCGGUUUCGAAGUAGUCUCUCUUUUCAGCGGUUCAAAAAUUUCGGUCCACAACUCGCUCGCUUCCCCCAGUGUGUAGCCCAUCGACACUAAAUCCAUACCCGCGUCAUCGCCUCCGCUCAUACUCUCAAGCUGCUCGAUGAUGCUCUCCAGCCCCACCGCCUUGCCGGUGGCCUGCGUGGCCCCCGCCUCGAGCUGGACGUGCACGAUGUGUAUGUGGAAGUGGUAGUACGUCGGCUGGUAGUGCACGUACAGCUUGAGCUGAUCCCGCUCAAUCUCGGGGUACACCUCGGCGGUGGCGUCGAGAAACCUCUGCCGCAUGUGCCGCAGCCAGGAGACGUGCCUCUUGGUCAGGUCGCGCAGGCUCCAGAUGUCGCGCCGUUCCACCAGGCCCAGCAGGUGCAGCGCCUCGCGCGUCGACCGGUCCCAGUUCAGGUCUGGGAGCAGCAGGAAGCCCUCGUCCCCGGCCUCGCCCAGCGGCGUGCGGUAGAUGACGUCCUCGACCUCCUUGCGGCCCUCGAUGAUGUUGUACACCCAGCUCAGCCUGCCCGCCUCGCGCUUGGACUGCAUGUAGGGGCGGAUCUUGGUCUUGUAGAUCUCGGGCGUCUCGACCACGAACCGCACACCCUGCCGGCUGUACUUUUUGACGUGCUGUUCCGUGCACGGGUAGAUGAGGUUGAUCUUGAGGUCCUCGGCGUCGGCCGUGCCGCCCGUCGCGGCCAUGAACCAAAAGUAGAUGUCGUUGGCGCCCAGGUUCUUGAGCGUGCGCAGCGUCCCCGUCACGGAGGAGAGGUAGUCGGCCGAGGUGGGGAACGAGGCGCGCUCGAGCACGACGAGAGCGGGUUGCGAGUCGAUCGUGCCGUAUAGGGAUGUGCGUCUCCCUGCUUGGUCUGUGGGACAUUUUUUUUGCACUGUUAGGGAGCCGAGAUUGAAGCAAACAUGAAAAGCGUUGCAAGUAGAAAUUCCAGUUACCUUGAUUCAACGUGCGUUCAUAUUUGAAUUUGGGCACAAGGGCCUCUGCUUCCUGUGUAGUGGCCAUUUUUUGUUGCGAGAGAAUGGAGGGUGACGCAGCCGACACCUCGUCUUGGAAAAUGGUGUUGCUUUUCUCAAGUUCAUGUGCGUCUUGACGCAGGCAGCUCCUACUCUACCUUGACGCGACGCGGGUUGGGCGGGGUAGGAAGCUUUGCUGAAUCUCUCCCCAGGUUCGAUCAACGGCCAAGCAAAACGUCACUGCGG